AUGGGUUCCUUUAUCGACCUGUCCACCCUGCAGACAGAAGGUUUAAAUCCUCGAACUACGAAUAUAGACCAGGUCUCAACAGUCGAGCUCUGUCAUCUAAUCAAUGAUGAAGAUGUUACAGUUCCGGGUGCGAUUGGCUCCCAUAUACCAACAAUAGCUGCUGCAAUUGAUGCAUUGGCCCCCCGGGUAUCCCAGGGAGGGCGCGUUGUCUAUGUUGGAGCGGGCACAAGUGGGAGACUUGGAGUGGUUGAUGCAUCAGAAAUACCCCCUACGUUUUCUGCUCCAUUUGGACAGUUUGUGGCCCUUAUUGCUGGCGGGGAUGCAGCAAUGCGAAAAGCCCAAGAAGGCGCAGAAGAUGAUUAUCAUGGUGGUAAACGGGACCUGGAAAGCUUGAAUCUUGACCCUGAGCUUGACUCGUUGAUCGGAAUUGCUGCUUCAGGCCGCACACCUUACGUGCUAUCUUGUCUAGAGUAUGCGAAAACCCUCGGAUGCAUUACCGUUGGGGUAGCAUGUUCACAUCCUUCAACAAUGAGCGCUUCCGGGCUAGUGGACUACAUGAUAAAUCCAGUCACCGGGCCAGAAGUUAUUACAGGUAGCACAAGAAUGAAAGCUGGCACGGCCACCAAACUCGUGUUGAACAUGCUCAGUACUGGAAUCAUGAUUAAGAUUGGAAAAACCUACGGCAAUAUGAUGGUUGAUGUUAAAACCUCAAAUUUGAAGCUCCAACAGAGGUCAAGAAAUAUCAUUCGAAAUCUCAGUGGCUCAGCAUGCCCAUCGACGGAUGAAGAUAUAGAUGAGUUGCUUCAGCGCUGUGACGGUAGUGUUAAACUUUCCCUUGCAGUGCUUGCAUUAAAUUCGACCCCUGAGCAUGCAAGAACUAAGCUAGAAGCCUCUGGCGGCAAGCUUUCUGCCCUCUUGAUAGCCGGUACAACAUCAAAAUAUGGCCCCAAAGUUGUCGAAGUUAGCCGGUCUACUUUUGAACCCGUAAAAUUCAUUCUUUACAUAGACGGGGGAGGUACAAAAUGCCGUGCAAUUGUAGUCAGCUCACUAUCGCACAGAGGUGAGGGUGAGGCAGGACCUUGCAAUGUGUCUGACCUCUCCCUAGAUUCUGCAAUAUUAGCAAUCAUACUUGCCGCCGAAAGAGCUCUUGAUAACCUGUCAUCUCGUUUACAGCCUAAGAACCGGGCUUUAAAUCUCCAAAAUGUGGAGUUCACAGCAAUUUGGAUUGGAGUUGCUGGGUAUGAUCGGCCUCAAAUGAAAUGGGCGCUUGACCCUAAACUGUCAUCCGAAUUUAGACUUGCCAAGAAUGGAACCUUGAAGCUGUCUAAUGAUAUUGAAGUCCUGGCAUUGGCGCCUUCAGCUAAUGAUGGCCUGUCGACCAAUUGUCCCUCCACCAAUAUCGUACUUGUUUCUGGGACUGGAAGUGUUGCGGUAAGGUAUUGUUAUGACGGAUCUACCGGGAAAGUGGCUCCCAAUGGAAGAUCUGGCGGAUGGGGCCACUUACUCGGUGAUGAUGGGUCAGGCUUUGAUGUUGGUCGAUCUGCAAUACGAUCUACGCUUUUUUCUCUUGAUAUUUUGCGCCAUUCCUCUUCUUCAAAUGGCACCGAUGGGAUGCUAAGUCCGCUUUCUCAAAGGGUACUUGAUCAUUUUGGCAUUUCGCAGGAUACCAAUAACUAUGAUCUGCUCAGUGCUAUAUUAACCGAUACUGGCACUGAGAGUUCAAACCGCUGCCCCAAAAACAAGGUCGCUAGUGUGGCGAGACUAGUCUUGGAUGCCUUUAAGCCCCCCAAGCAUCAACCAUCAGCUGAUCCCUCCAGAGUAGAUGGCGAAGCCCACGAAAUAAUCAUACAGGGAAUACGGGGACUGAUUCGCACGUUGAAGCCUCUCCUACCACAGACCGCUGAUUCUGGGAAUUGCAAUUUAAUAUUGGGUGGCGGGCUGCUUUCGGGAGAAAAUGACGUCUACCGUUCCGAAUUAAUGUCUGAAUUGGAAAAAGAUGGGAUUAUUCCUCAAAUUAUCUCCUCAACCACAGUCGUCAAUGACCCCUGUAGUGUAGGGGCAAAGAUUCUGGAAGCAACAUAUCUGAAGUGA